AUUUGAAAGUGUAACAUCUAUACAACAUACGUAAUCAAAAAGAUGCCUCCGUCUGUACACUCGCUCUCUUCAAACGUAACAUUUUGAUUUGUUUUGGUUGUUGCAUUCCGUAUUGAACUCGAAUUCACGCAAACUGAAAUGAUUACAAUUAAAAAUUUUAUAUAUACACAUAAAUUCAAAUUUAGAAUUUUUUAAAUUUGUGAUAAAAUAAUAUAGAUACACAGUUCUAUAGUUGGUUAUAUUUGUGUAUAUUUCGCGUCAGAAAAAGUGUAUACCAUUUACUUUGGAAAUCGCACAUGGCCAAAAUUCGGCUUUAUUAUUUUACUUUAUUUAUAAAGUAUAAAUAAAGUACUUUUCUUCCUAAGUGUCUACAUCUGAAGUCCAUAUGUGCUGGAGAUAUACCGACAAAAUAACGAUUAUUCUUCAUAUAUUUCCUCUAACUUAUCGUUGCUUUGAUGAUAAGGAUUACCCUUUAACCACAAAAGAUAACCUCAUGUCUUCUUUACCCGGGAAAUGAUAUGAUGUGAUUGCUCGCAUUAUGGUACGACAAGCUUUUCUAUAGAUUUAGAUGCUUAUAAAUACGUAUUUCGCUAUUUAUCGAGCGGUUUGUGUACGAGAGUGGGAUACGAUUUGUCACGUAAACCUCAAUAUCUUUUUGGGUAAAUAAAGUAAUGAAAAUGUAUGGUAAAGUACGUCAAAUCUAUCGUUAUCGUUUAAAAAUCUUGGCUUUAACAUUUAUAUCAACAAUAUUACUUCUACUCAUAUUCCGUGAACGUAAUGAUUUAAAUAACAAUACCAAAAGAUUGAUCAUUGAACGAUCUGUCGGCUCGCUUAUAAACCAAGUAGUAUGUCGCCAUCCGCACUUACCAAUAGAUAAUCCAGAUAUAAUAAAAUUUUAUCAUGACGUGGAGCAUAUUAACUGUGGCAAUCCAUUGGAUGAUUGGGUUAUGUGUGAGAAGUCAAUCUGUUUUGUAAAACCUGAAAUUUUAGCUACACAUGGUGAGGUGGUAUGCAGUUAUAGUGAUAUUAUACGCAAAGAUGACUACAGAAAUAAAUAUGGGGAAACAACUAAAACUAAGGAACCUUAUGUGUUACACAAUUCUGAUUUUGUUAAGGUCGCGUGUAAAGCAGACAAUGGACAAAGUUGGUACGGAAUGGCUUUUGGCAUACGAGAUACAGUAAUACGGCGCAAUUUGCCACUUUCAUCAGAUGACUCGUCUAUCUAUUACAAUGUGCUUAUAUACGGUUUUGAUUCUCUAAGUCGAAAUGCAUUUAUCCGCAAGCUCCCAAAAACGUAUGAUUUUCUAAAGCAUCAAUUGCAAUCUAUAGUUCUUAAUGGGUACAAUAUUGUUGGGGAUGGUACUCCACAAGCUUUAAUACCUUUACUUACUGGUUACAAUGAACUUGAAUUGCCUGAAACUCGUAAGCGCAUGUAUAAUUCUAAUUAUGUUAAUAUUUAUCCAAUGAUUUGGAAGGACUAUGCUAAUAACGGAUAUGUUACCUCUUUCAAUGAAGAUGUUCCCAAUAUUGGAACAUUUACAUAUCGCAUGAAAGGCUUCAAUGAACAGCCAGUUGAUCACUAUUUACGCACAUAUUACUUAGAAUCAAGUAACAUUUUGAGUUCUAGUAAGGAGCAUUGUAUUGGAUAUCAACAAGAUCAUGUUGUGAUGUUGAAUUAUACCAAACAUUUUAUGUCUAAAUAUACAGACUCUCCAAGAUUUGUAUUUAGUUUUCAUGGUGGAUUGUCACAUGACUCAAUUAAUUUGAUUGGAGCUGCUGAUGAUGACGUUGUCAAUUGGUUACAUAACUUACGUGAAAAGUAUUUACUCAAGAAUACCAUAUUAAUUUUUAUGGCUGAUCAUGGCAAUAGAUUCGAUUCUGUACGCGCUACUUUACAAGGCAAGCAAGAGGAGAGACUACCAUAUUUUAGCUUUGCUUUUCCAGAGUCGUUUAAGCAACGUUAUCCAAAACCGUAUGAAAAUUUUGUUAAAAAUGCUGACAAAUUAACCACACCAUUUGAUGUUCAUGCCACGUUAAAACAUCUGCUCAAAAUGCAAAAAUUAUAUGCACAGCAAACGAAAUUUGAAUCAGUUCCUGGUAGUUUAGUAUAUAAUGAUGAAAUCCAAAACCCAAUUUUGAAAAGUUAUGAAGAGGAAAUCAAAAAUACUCCUGCUAUUCAUAUUUCUGAGUUGGCAAGUAAACGUGCUAUAUCUCUAUUCGAUAUAAUACCAGAAAAUCGUUCAUGUGCUGAUGCAUACAUUGAACCACAUUGGUGCGCUUGUCUACAAUGGACUCCAAUAUUAAUGAAUAAUACACGAAAUAAUGGCAAAUUGCUGAAAAUGGCAGACAGUAUCGUUAACGCAAUCAAUAAUGCAACUAUGAAAUAUCGGAAUAUUUGUGCAUCACUUGAACUAGUUAAAAUCAACUGGGCUAUGCAUAUAAAACCUAAUAAAGAUGUACUGAAUUACAAAGGUAGCAAAGAUAAGGAUGGUUAUGUUGCAGAUAUGAGUGCUGACACACACAUGCGUGAGGAACUUUAUCAGUUACAAAUUCUUGUAAGUCCAGGAAAUUCUUUAUUUGAAGCCAGUGUGUCGCACGACUUGCAAACUUUUAAUGCCUACACAAAACUCUCAGAAAUAUCGCGCGUCAAUAAAUAUGGUGACCAGGCGCGUUGUAUUUAUGAAAGAGAUCCCGAAUUACGUAAAUACUGCUACUGCCGAUAAAUAUUGUAAAUAAGUAAUUUUUUAUAAGUAUUUUCUAAAUAUUUUCUAAAUAGUUGUUAUAAUGUGAGUUAAGUGUAUUAUUAUUUAAAAAUAACAAUUAAUAUAUCUAUCAAACCUAUUCUAGUCGAAUACCUAAUUAUGUAUUUGUGCUCAGCUCAGACAUGAGUUCAAACUGAAUAUUAUUACUUUUAAUAUUAAUUUCUUACCAAAUAUAGUGUUUAAAUGAGUGUUGUCUCUUUAUAUAUACACAAGAAUGAAGUAAUAUUUUAGGUACUAAAACUUCGUCACAC